CGCGCGUGCGCUAGACGCUACCACGCUACCAUUCACCGGAAGUAACCAGCAGUAUGGAAGAGCUCCGCUGCCCAGAAGCCAGGCUAGCGCCACCAGAGGUAGUCAUAGCUACCGAAUCCCCGCCACCCUCCCUUGUGGAUCGAUACUACACUCGCUGGUAUAAAGCGGAUGUUAAAGGAAAACCCUGCGAGGACCACUGUAUACUCCAGCACUCCAACCGAAUAUGUGUCAUCACACUGGCAGGAUCUCAUCCCGUUCUUCAAAGUGGCAAAACCAUUCAAAGCAUUUCCUAUCAGAUCAGUAACAACUGUAGCAGACUUGAGAACAAAGUUUCUGGGAAAUUUAAGCGGGGGGCACAGUUUCUAACAGAGCUUGCACCUCUGUGUAAGAUUUACUGCUCUGAUGGAGAAGAAUAUACCAUAUCUAGCUGUGUUAGAGGUCGAUUGAUGGAAGUGAACGAGAACAUUCUCCAUCAGCCAUCUCUUCUUCAAGAAAAGCCAUCCACUGAAGGCUACAUUGCAGUUGUAUUACCCAAGUUUGAAGAAAGUAAAAGUGUAACAGAAGGGUUGUUGACACAGCAACAGUAUGAAGAAGUCGUGGUAAAACGCACUAAUGCCACAACCACUGCGUCCUAAGCCUUUUUAUGGAGGCAAUACAGGAUUCUCACCCUACCUGGCCUAAACCAUCAGUGCACUGAAGACAGCCAGUGUGUAUGAAGUGUUCCUCACAGCCGCCCAGCCGUGGGAGAAGCUUCACCUUCCACCUAACCUAAUUUCCCUCCUUUGUCUUAACAUCACAAGCCUUGGUCCCCAUUUGUACCCAGCCUCUCAGAUCUGCCUUGCCCAGGCACUUGCUUUGUGUGCUGGGAAGUACACUUGUGGGUGUUUGCUUGCAUAUACAUCAGAAAACAGCUUCAAGUGCCUUUUUACCUUUGUUAAGGACAGUUUCUCUUUGGCUUGGAACUUUGCCAGAUACCUCAUGUACUUCCAGGGAAGUAUCUGUGUCCUCUGCCUCUCGUCUUCCAAGGCUGGUAUUACAAGUCCACACUACCAUACCUAGCUUUAUAUGGGCCUGGAAACCCAAACUCUGGGCUUUGUGCUUUCAAGGUGAAUUAGUUACUGUUCAGUUGCUGUGAUAAAAUACCACAACCAAAAGCAACUUCAAAAAGAGUUUAUCUGGGUUUAUUAAUUCCAGAGACUGGAUGACCACAAUAGUGGGAAGGCAUGGAAGCCAGAGCAGGAUACUAAGAGAUUGCAUCUCUACCACACACCAAGAGCAGAGUGAACUGGAAGGAGAAUGUGGUUAUAAACUGCCCCUGGUGAUAAAUUCCCCAGCAAGACUUCUUGUCCUAAAAGUUCCAUAACCUCCCCAAAAUAGUACCACUGACUGGGGACCAAGGGCUCAAACACCUAAGUCUAUGGGAGGGGUCAUUUUUCAUUCAGUCUACAAUAUUCUCCCCAGGAUGCCUGUAGGCCCAUAGUUAGGUCAUGCGAAAUGUAGUUAGUCCAAUAUCAAACAUUCUCAUAGUUGUUAACAGUCUUAACACUGUUCCAAGGACUCUUCUGAGACUCAGUGCAAUCUCUUGUCUGCCCUGUAAAUCAGAAAGCCAGUUACAUACUUCUAACAUACAAUGUCACAGAAUAUACAUUCCCAUUCCAGAAGGAAGGGAUGAUGGCAUAGUGAUGAGAUACUGGACCGAAGAAUAAAACCAGCAUGAUAAAAGCUAAACCCUGCAGCUCCAUAUCCACUAUCUAAGGGUUUAGUUUCUAAGAUGCCUCUGACCCACCAGCUCUGCUGCCUGUAACAUCAUUCUCUGAUGGUUCCUCGCUGUGCAACUCUUCCCUGGCAGAUGUCUCACAACUUUUUUUUCCAGUAUCUUGGGAUUUGUGCCACAACCCAAGUUUUUUUUUGUUUUUUGUUUGUUUGUUUGUUUUUGGUUUUUUGAGACAGGGUUUCUCUGUAUAGCCCUGGCUGUCCUGGAACUCACUCUGUAGACCAGGCUGGCCUCAAACUCAGAAAUCUGCCUGCCUCUGCCUCCCAAGUGCUGGGAUUAAAGGUGUGCGCCACCACCGCCCAGUUUACAACCCAAGUUUUACCUUGACAGCUUCACAGUGGCCUCUCAUGGCCUUCGUGCAGAAACUCCAUCUCUGUCACAUGUUUCCUGGCCUCGGUGACUUUCUGAAGCCAGAAAGAAUCCUGACUUUUCAUUCUUGCAUCUUUUAUGCCUGCAAAGCUAGUACUAUGUAGAAAAUAUUUGAAAAUUAGACUGUUGGCUUUCAUUGCCUUUGAUCACAUUCACAGCAGUUCUUAUAUGGUAUUGCUUUCUCCUAGCAAAAAGCCAGGUUCUUCUUUCACAGAGUAGAAGUUUAUCUGAAAGGAUUCUCACCUUGACCAACUCCCGCUGUCCCAGUGUUGAGCAAGAGACUCUUAACUCUGAGUUUCACAUCGUGCACCCCAGCCCCUCAUCUCCUUGUCCCCUCAUAUUAGCCCUUUGCCCUUGCAACCUAAUAAAACACACACACACACACACACAACGAAGCUUAGAAAGUAGUAUUUCAGAGUAUGUCCCACAGUCUAUACCUCUGUCUAUACAUCCUCACUUGCAAAUGGUCAUUGCAGUGAAUGGUUGGUCUGGUUCAAGAUCUCUGGCUUCUCUGACAUCAUCAGUAUUGCAUCCUCAUCAGGAUUCCUCCCAGUUAUUCUGUUGUUGCCCUGUGUUAAGGAGAUCCUGCAGCUUUGGAACAGCAGGACUGGCCCUUUCACAGAUGGAAGAGAUUUUGAGGUGGGCCAAUUCAGAGCCCUAGUCCUGGGCCUGAGUGCUAGCUGAGCUGGUCAGCAGGCCAUCUCUUCCUUAUCUGCACCACUAGGAGGAGCUUUUUUAUUUUUAAUGUAUGGGUACUCUAUCUGCAUGUACACCUGCAUGCUAGAAGAGGGCAUCAGAUCCCUUUCCAGAUAGUCGUGAGCCAUCAUAUGGUUGCUGGGAAUUGAACUCAGGACCGCUGAAAGAACAGUGUUCUUAACUAAGUCAAUAUUAAGCUUCUCUGUGCUCUUUUCUCCAAGCUGUACAUUUGGUAUUUUCCCCCAACAUGCUUGUUUUCAUUGAUCAAUGUUAUACUGUGUUGAAAUAGCUAAUGCCAGAGAUAUCAGUCCAUUACUUUUUAAUUCAGCUUCAUGCCAAGCCUUAGGACUUGGAUAGAAGGGAGCCAGAUUCUUUGUCAAAAGGUCACAUAAAUGGUCACAUAAAUAAUAGAGACUGUUUCCCUCUAAAACCCCAGGAGCCAGGCCUCUACUGUCUAUGUUACUCAUAGCAGUAGUCUUCUAGGUUCAAAACAGCAAAUACUGUUUCAUGGUGCUCUCAGCAUUCAGCCAUCUUUCUGGUCCAAAGUUCCAGAGUUCCACAUUUCAAAAAAGAAACAACAAUAACAUGGUUACAUUUUUUCGCAGCAACAACCGCACUUGGUAGGAGCUUCUGUAUUAGUUGCCUAUCUGUUGCUGGGAUAAAGCACCAUGACCAAAAGCGACUCAAUUUCUUUUGGCUUCCAGUCUCUGGGGAUUAGAUGCUAAUGAUAGCAGGCACAAGAAGCUGAACAACCACAUCACAGCACACACUGGAAGCACACAGUGAAGUGGACAAAGGUUGUAAACACAAAGCCUGUCCCCAGUGACAUGCCUCCUCCAGCAACUCUGUAUCUUAAAAGUUCACAACAUCCUUCAGCAGCGCCACUAGCUAGAGACCAAGUAUUCAAAUACUUGAGACCAUGGGGGUGGGGGAGUCAUCUUUCCUUCAGUCUACAGCAGGAGGCAAACGCUUCACUGACUGAGCCAUUUCUCCAGCCUCACUCUGUUCCUCUCUUGCUACCCUAACAAAUGGCAAAUAAGGAAUGCUUUUCUGAUUAAAAAAACACAAAGGUCUUGAGAAAUAUUUUGAGGUUUUACAUUCCUGUAACCAGGGAAACUGUCUGUUAAUAAACUGUGCUUGAAUGCUGUGGCACACUUAAUACUUCUGCCUCAACUUUUUAAAAAAGACUUUUUAUCUGUAUGUUUUCCUGCAUGUAUGCAUGUGUAUUACAUGCAUAGAACACCUAUAGAUGCCAAGAGAAAACAUCAGACUCCCUGGAACUGGAGUUAUAGAUGGUUGUGAGUCACCAUGUAGGUGCUUGGAAGUAAACCCAGAUCCUCUGGAAGAACAGCCAGUGUUGUCAGCCUUUGAGCCAUCUCUCCAGCCCCUCACUUCAAGUAUAAUUUUAACAGUGUGAUAUUUUUGGAAAAACAAAAUGGACUGUCUGUCCUUCCCAAAUCUGCUUCAAAGUGAAAUGAAAAAGCCUAGCUUCGCCCUUUCCGCUGUGGCUUUCCCUCUAGGUUGCUGGGGAGAGGCAGGGAUGUGGAGUCUGCCUUCCACUUUACAUAGAAAAGCUUUGAAAGCAUACAAGGGCUCUUCCAGCAUGAAGAAUCAUGCUGCCGUGUCAAUCUGGCUCCUGCACAUACAUGGUAGUGACUCCAUCUUGCACAUUUUGGUGACAGCUAAUUUGUAGUAAUGAAGGUACUUGAGUCUGUCAUCCCUAGGUAUAGAUGUAUUAGAGCAGAACAAGAUUUUACAUUACAAAGCUAAAAAAAAAAAACAUAUGAAGUUCUGGCUUUAAAUUAGACGUUUACACUGAAUUUAAAAGAAAGACUUUAAAUCUUGAAGGUUUUUUUAAGGAUGCAAUAUGUAAUAACUGUGUUUGCCCUGUUUUUAAUGAAAUAAUUUUAAGUGUAGCCAAGCAAGGUUUACUGAGAAGAAAGAAGUAGCUCCCUGUAAGUAGGAGGGAACAAAACUGAGUUUCCCUUAAAUGUCCUCACAGAUGGAGAAUCUGAUCUGUAAGCUCCUCUGUCCUCAUGAGCUGGUGAUGUCUGUGACCUGUUUCCUCACAUCUUGGCAAUGAUACUCCAUUUUCAGACGUGUAAAGGUAUUUUGCAAUUAUUUGUAGGGAAAAAAAUUUUUUUAAUACUUUUAGUUCAUAAGACACACUUCUUAUAACCUGAGGGUCAGAAUGACUGUCCCUUAAUUAUGCCAUCUACAGGGAACAUGCUAGACUGGAAACAAGGCACACAGUAACAGAUCGUCAUUGUAAGUAGCAGAAAGGAUUCUCGGAGACUCGUGCUGUGAGUCCAUAUCAGUUUCACAGGUUGUAUCUUUCUUCGCUCAUUUUAUUUCAAGUUAAGAGAAUGCUUGCUUCACAGGCUAAAAACCACGCUAGAAAUACUUUCAAAUGCAGCGCGUAAAACAAUACAGGUUGGAAUGGUACUUUGUAAUUUUGUCACUGGUCAGUAUGCCUGCCUCCAAACUGGAUCAAAAUUAAGCCAGUCAGUAUGAAUUCAGUUUGAACAUUCAAUUUUUAUUGAAGUCUACAUUAUCACAUGAUGUUUAAUACUAAUUAAUAAACCCUAUUUUGUUGUCAAAGA